UACGGACAUAAAAAUGCCGGCGGUGUGUCUCGUAUUCCACCGGGAUGGGACAAGUGGUACGGCCUGGUUGGCAACUCCAAAUAUUAUGACUACUCGUUAUCAGUCGACGGAGUGGAGAAAAAGUACAGAACCAGCUCGAAUGAUUAUCUGACCGACGUCAUCAAAAACUUUGCCCUCGACUACAUAAGCAGUCAAAAGAAGGAUCAGCCGUUCCUGAUGGUGUUGGCACCCCCAGCUCCGCAUGAGCCUUUUGUUCCUGCAGCGAGGCACAACGGCUGGUACGAGGGCAAGGGUAUAGUGGCUAAGAGGACCAAGAACUUUGACACGUGGACAAAUCAGGACAAACAUUGGCUGGUACGAAUGGGACCGUCGCCUUUGCCAUCCGGUGUGAUCGAUGGCUUGGACGAGAUUUACAGGAAGCGGUGGGAAACGCUUCUGUCGCUCGACGAAAUGGUUGCCGAGGUGUACAACAAACUGAAAACCAAGAAAUUGUUGAAGGACACUUACAUCAUCUUCACGUCGGACAAUGGCUUUCACAUGGGUCAGUUCAGUCAGCCGUACGACAAGAGGCAGCCGUACGAGACGGACAUCCGAGUACCGCUGCUCAUGCGAGGGCCCAACAUAACGCAGGCCACGGAGUUCAAGGGCGCGGUGAGCAGUGUCGAUAUUUUCGCUACGGUGCUGGAAAUCGCAGGGGUGGAUGGGCCGUCGGACGGUGUCUCGCUGCUCCGGCAGAUGAAGAACGAUGUCAAGGACAGAAGUGUACUGGUCGAGUACAAGGGUGAGAAAAGCGUCGGUGCGCCAAACAGUGGCUGUCCGUCGGAUGCGGAUUUUAAUUUGAGUCACUGCAGUAGGGACUUUGCGUGCAAGUGCCAAGACGCGGCCAACAACACGUUCACCUGCGUGCGACGAGUGUCGAAACAGAAUAACAACGUUUUUUGCAUCUUCAACGAGGAUGGCGAGGAGUUUAUCGAGGCCUACGAUUUGGGGCUCGACGAGUUUCAAAUGACCAAUAUCGGGUCGACGAUGAACGGCAACAGGAGACAUCGAUUCAGAAAACGCGUCAAGAAAAUGGCCAUCUGCAAAGAUCGAACUUGCAUCGCUACCAACCCUCCCUUACCCGGUGGUCAUUGAAUAAAACAGUUUAUUGAUAGGGACAUUUUGGUACAUCUCAACCAUUUGGACGAAAGAAAAUGGCAACUGUACAGGGAAAAGUGUAGCUGAAUAGUUUUAAAACGACAAAAAUGUACCAAGCGAUUCAAAUGAGUUUUUAAAUGAUAAGAAACUUUGCGUGCGCAAUUUUACUUUCUACUGCAGUAAAAAAUACAUUAAUCGAGUGACCUGCUGAAAAAAAAAAAAAUGUCUUUGUUCUCAACUCGUCGUACC